AUUAAAUUGUUGCUUCACCGCCCUCGUUUCGUCCUCGCCCUGAUCUGCCCCCCCUUGUUGAAAUCAAAGCUGCUGGUCGCCAUCGCCACCACCGGUGCUAUAUUGUCCUCUCGCUCUCUGAGAGCCAGUUCAUUACUUUCUUUCAAGGCGCCGUCUAUUGUAUCCGAACCAGCCACACUUCUCAUUGCCCUCAAGUCGACAUGUCUACCACUACGACCACCACCACCACCACCACCACCACCACCGUCACUCGCGAAAAUGUCCUCACCCUGUUUCCUGAAGUUCAUACUCGAUUGAUCGGCGCAGACAUGGAACCGAAUGCCGUACCCUCGGAUCGUGAGUCUUCUACAGCUACCGACGACCUAGCUGGCUACGAUGAGGAACAAAUACGUUUGAUGGAUGAAGUCUGCAUCGUCCUCGACAACGAAGACCAAGUCAUUGGCUCAGCUUCAAAAAAGUCCUGCCAUCUCAUGACCAACAUCAAUCAAGGUCUCCUUCACCGCGCAUUUUCCGUCUUUCUGUUUGACCCCAAGACAAAGAAACUCCUCCUUCAGCAACGAGCGACAGAGAAAAUCACCUUUCCUGAUAUGUGGACCAACACCUGCUGUUCACACCCCCUUGCCCAUCCUUCGGAAACGGGCCUCGGGGACCUACCCAGCAAUGUCGAAGGCGCCAAACGAGCUGCAGUCCGCAAGUUGAACCACGAACUGGGUAUCCCAGCCUCGCAAGUUCCUAUCGGCGAUUUCGAAUUCCUUACCCGCAUCCACUACCUUGCGCCGUCAGACGGCAAGUGGGGAGAGCAUGAGAUCGACUAUAUCCUAUUUGUGGAAGCCGACGUAACGCUGGAGCCCAAUAAGAAUGAGGUCAAAGACACAAAAUGGGUUAGUGCCGAUGAACUGCGGCAAUUAUUCAAAGAUGUCGAGUCCAAGACUGGUGUACACAAAGAUUUGAAGUAUACACCGUGGUUCAGGCUCAUUUGUGAAGGCAUGCUGUUCGACUGGUGGGGGGCACUUGUGCAGGGGAAACUGAGUGAAUUCACAAACGAGUCAGGAAUCAGAAGGAUGUGAGAGCAACGAGGGACAAGUGCACAUAUCAGAAAGGGACCUUGAACGCAUGGCUUCGAAAGUAGGCCAGCCCUUGAGGAUUCUCUGCCAAUACAGGCAAAAUCAACAGUGGCUCACAGGCCCAGACAACAGCCAAACCCUUCUUCAGCGUUGAUACAGAGUAUCCAUCCAGCUAUACCACGAAAGAGUCAGAAGGGCUCACACCUCCGUCGGAAAGAAGCAGGAUUGCCAUUGGGCUGCAGUUGCACAGCCCAUGGAGGAUGGCGGUGGAUGAGUAAACCAAUGGUUUCCCUCGCCUUAGCGCAUGGCUUAGGCUUACUGUACUCAUAUCACCAGCGAUGCUUUUGAGUAGGUCAGUGUGGGCGAGGAAACAAACAUAUUGAACUUGAGGGAUUGGCCUGGGAGGAGUCUAACAAUGUUGUUUGUGCCUUUUAAAUUGGUUGAGUCUCGAACAACCUCACACCAGCACUCCUGUGCCAUUAAAUACAGGAUCAGUCUAUUAGGCGAAUCCCAGAGUAGAAGAGGCAUAUAGUGUUCACAACCAAAUCAAUUCAAC